UCUGCCUGUUCGACACCCUGACACAAGUUCAGGGGGCAAAGUGACCCUUUGCCCUAGCUUAAUGUGUUGUCUUCAGUCAGGCACAGGCUAUAGACCGCAUCCCAGCAUGCACCACCUACCCGCUCAACCACGCCUCCACCACCUUCUUGUCCUUCUACUUCAUCGUUAAUCGGCAUUUACUGACAACAGCGAGCUAGCGUGUCUAAUGUACAUGUGCAUUGGUCUGAAUUCGAAGCUUCCGGUCGUUGUUAUUCUGUCUCAAUUGCACCCUUUCAGGUUCGAAACCCAUAGCCUGCUUUCUGCAAGCUCACUCGGUGUGCGCACUUUUCGCCGAUCUCCAAGCAAACAACAGAGUAGGCUAGAGAAGAAUAGGAAUGGCAACUGCUGCAUAUCCACCACCACCACCGUAUUACAGACUCUACAAAGAUUACAUAGAAAACCCUAAAUCAGCUCCUGAACCUCCUCCUCCUAUUGAUGGUACCUACACCUGUUUUGGUGCCAAUUACACUACUGAAUAUGUGCUUCCUAGCUUGGAAGAGCAAGGAGUGCGUCAGCUUUACCCAAAAGGCCCCAAUGUUGAUUUCAAGAAAGAACUGAGGUCACUUAAUAGAGAAUUACAGCUGCACAUUUUGGAGCUUUCUGAUGUACUUGUUGAGAGACCAUCACAAUAUGCUAGGAGAGUCGAAGACAUAUCCCUCAUAUUUAAGAAUUUGCAUCAUCUGCUCAAUUCAUUGCGCCCUCAUCAGGCUAGAGCCACAUUAAUUCAUAUUCUAGAGCUUCAAAUUCAACGUCGUAAACAAGCAGUGGAGGAUAUUAAGAGGAGGAGGGAAGAAGCACAAAAACUUCUCAAGGAGGCUCUUGGAACUCUGGAUGGCCAAUAAUGAUUUCUAUUUAUUGGCGCACACUAACAUAGGCUCCUUUUAAAGAGUGGAACAGUCAUUGAUGUUAGCUGCUAUAGUUUAGUUUACCAGGUGCUUAUGGAGAUUACUGAGAGUGGGUUAUACAGUUCCAGUUGGCAUGUCAAGUGGGUUAAUACUAUACUGGCAGUUUAUUAGUGCAGCAAUAUCUUUUGUAAUGGGGGAAUUCCAUUGGUUAAUAGAUCUUAUAUUACAAUUGUUUCCCCUUGUAGAGCAAUCUUUAUGUAGAAUCCACUUUCGAGUUGUUCCUGUGAUCUUGUAAUUUCUUCACAUAUGGUCAUGCACGACUGCUGCCAGCUAAACAGGCCAACUCUAAUCCUCAGAUUUAGCUUCUGGGCCUCUCAGAGUUCUCUCAUUCAGAGCUGAUUAACUAGUGGUGGCCAUCAUUUUUCCUGUUCUCCGUUAAAGUUUUGUUCAGACCGGCGGUUUCAUUUUCUUAUUUUAAAUUAAUAAAUUUUAAUUAAUAAUUUUUUUUUUUU